CAAUAGGGUUCAGCGGGACUUUGGGGUAGGCGGUGGACCGCGGGUGUUAACAGCUGGAGGGGCCUUCACCCCAGCUUGGUCUGUGAGCCCGGGGCAGUUGUGCUUCGGCAGGUUCCCGGGUCUGCGUUUCUGCGGGUCUGGAGACCUGACGCAGUACGCCGGCACUGCAGGUGCCGCGUCCCGAAGCGCAGCCAACGGUGGCUGUGCGCAUGCGUGCUGAAGGGACCGGGGAGGUGCGUACUCCCGAUGCUUUACCGAAGCUCUGAAUGUUCAGGUAGAGUACUACCUGCUUUUCCAGAGGUGUCUGACCAUAACUUUACUAUUAUUGAGCAUCUCUGAGCCAGGCACAGUUCCAGUGCUGGGAAAAGAACACUGAAUCAGACAAAAAUCCUGCCUUCCUGAAAUUUUUGUUUUAAUACCUGCUUUCACCCCAGUGCCACAGAAAAUGACCAAGUCACAGGGACCAGUAUCCUUCAAGGAUGUGGCGGUGGAUUUUACCCGGGAGGAAUGGCAGUGUUUGGACUCUCCCCAGAGGGACCUGUAUAGGGAUGUGAUGCUGGAGAACUACAUCAACCUCAUCUCUGUGGGAUGUCAAACCACGAAGCCUGCUGUAAUCCACAAGUUGGAACAAGGAGAAGAGCCAUGGAUAACAGAGAAAGAAACCUCAAGGUGGAGCAAUCCAGUAGAAGUCGGGCAAGUACAUGGCCACAUGGACAGGCACCAGGAGUGCCAAGAAACACUUUCAAGGCACAUUAAUGUCAUUGAUCAGGGAAUGGUGACCAAGAAAAAGGGCCACAAGCGUAAUGCACUUGAAAAUACACUUCAUCUGAGUACAGACUGUGUUUCUUCUAAACAAAGAUUAAAAAAAGGUGACUCUUGUGGUAAAAAGUCAAACUAUUCAUUUAGUGGCAAUGAAAAAUGUGCAAAAAAGAAUGGAUGUAGCAAUGGAAAAUGUACAAAAAAGAAUGGAUGCAACAAAUGUGGGAAAGCCUUCUUCCAGAAGUCAGACCUCAUUGUGCAUAACAGAAUUCACACAGGAGAAAAGCCCUUUGUAUGUACUGAAUGUGGGAAAGGCUUCAGCAAGAACUCAAAUCUCAUUAUACAUCUGAGAGUCCAUACUCAAGAGAAACCCUAUGAGUGCAUUGAAUGUAGAAAAGCUUUCUCCCAUAAGUCACACCUCAUUGAACAUCAGAGAAUUCACACUGGAGAGAAGCCUUAUGAAUGUAAUGAAUGUGGAAAAGCCUUUUUCCAGAAAUCACACCUCAACGUUCAUCAGAGAACUCACACCGGAGAAAAACCCUAUGCUUGUGAUGAAUGUGGGAGAGCCUUCCGUGUGAGGUCACACCUCUUUGUACACCGAAGAAUACACACAGGAGAGAAGCCUUAUGUAUGCACUAAGUGUGAGAGAGCUUUCAGUGAAAUAUCAUGCCUUAUUAGACACCAGAAAAUCCAUACUGGGGAGAAACCUUAUGAAUGUAGUGAGUGUAAAAAAGCCUUUUCUGAGAAGUCUGACCUCAUUAUACAUCACAGAACUCACACAGGGGAAAAACCCUAUGAAUGCAAUCACUGUGGAAAAACCUUCAGACAUAGCUCAGGCCUCUGUCGGCAUAAGAGGAUUCAUAAAGGAAAAGUUCCCUGAAAGAGAAAUUAAUGUGGGCAUACCUUCAACUAGAAUUUAUAGUUACAGAAAGCCUUCAGUAGAAAUCAAAUUUCGUUAUGUAUUGAGAAAUCUUACUAAGUCUACAAAUUUAUUUACAAAAGUAUGUAGCUAUGUCCUAUGGAAAUCAUAUUCCAGGUAUGAUUCCAAAGUAUUUCUAGACGACAUUACAAAAAGUAUACCUGCUUACUAGAGGAUAAGGGUUCACUGUGGACCACAAAGGCUUUUAAAAUACAAAUAAGCGGAAUAGUCAGAACAAAAAAAAGAAAACCAUCUACGGAUAAUCAACAAGGUAUGAAAACAUUACUAUAAGUGCUACUAUUUACUACUCUAAGCCCUGGCUGCACUACAUUAUGCUAUCUGCCACAUAACAGAAGACAUAUACAUGUUGGAAUUGCAUAUGUAAAUCUACAAUAAUUGUGAAUAUAAAAUAAGUAUGUAUAGAAUGCCAUCUACCAAGAUUUUCCACAUUAAAUAAUGCUAUUUUCUUCUAUCUUAAGACAAUAUGAAUUAUAAGCAAAAUUAUAGUGUUCAAUAAGAAUUCCAAAGUGUAACAUAAAUUCUUUUCCUUUCGCUUGCUGGUAUAUACAAAAGACUCCUGCUGCUUCUUGAUCAGUGAUGAGGUAUGUUAAGUCUCAUUUACAUAAAGUAUGUAAAUAUGAGAUAGAUGUCACAUGAGACUAAAUAA